AUGGACGAGAUUAAUCGAUGGGCAGACAUUAAUGAAGAUUUGUUUAAAGAAAUUUCAAAACGAUUCCAUGCCUACGAUGAUUACAUCCGGCUUCGAUUGGUUUGCAAAGAGUGGAGCUUGAAACUUGCAAAGAUUCCCAAUGGAAACAAAAUUCCGUGGUUAUUGUUACCUGACGAAACUGUCAAGAAUCAUUCCUACGAAGACGAGGAGAUUUAUCAUCUCAUGCAAUUAGCUGCUGCAGAUGAUGAAACUCUUGAUACUUGCGUCCUUGAAGAGAAACAUAUUUACCAUAUCAUGCUGCCAGAGAUGCAGUCCUACAACAAGUUCAUCCGCGGUUCUGGUCAUGGUUGGGUGAUUGUCCAAUCCAUAUCUGAUGGCACUAUACAAAUGUUAAAUCCAUUUACAAAUCGUAGUUUGGAUCUUCCUCCAGUCUCAACUUUACCCACUAUAAUUGAUUACCAGCCUGAUAAUCAUGGGGAUGAAUACACAAUGUGGGAUUUUCGUGACAUUAGGAUCACCCUGGAUAGAGAUAGAACACAUAGAUUCCAAGUUUUUAAGGUUAUUAUAAACUCAUCUCCUGAGCAUGACAUUGAAAAUUUUAUGGCGGUGGUGAUAUUCGGACCUAACCAGAGAUUGGCCUUUUACAAGCCUGGCAAUAUGAGAUGGGUAGAAUUUCCAACCAGAGAUAAGAGGUUUGAGGACGUAAUAUUUUUCCAAGAAAAGAUAUAUGCCAUAAACAAUGACGGGCAGCUAUAUGAAUUUGAUACAAAGAUAAGAGCAGGGCUUAAGGGAGGAAUCCAUGAAACCAGACCUCCAUCCGAAAUUCCCAUAGGCCCUCACGAGCCUAAAUGUCUUAUUGGGUGCGCCAAUGGAAGCUUAUUGAUGUUGGUAAGAUAUCUUCGCCAUCCCUUCUUGAGGACAAUACGCAGGGAUUUUGAAACUUACAAAUUUGAUAUCUAUGAGUUAAAAAGAAACAGAAAAGAGUGGUCAACAUUAGAUAAUUUAGGUAACUAUAUACUAGUGAUUGGCUUUAAUUCUUCUGUUCAAAUUCCUGUGCCUUUUCUAAGCAAAGGAAAUCAGAUUUGGUUUACAGAUAACCAAACAGCGAUGCAAUCAUCAUUUUACGAUCCUGUUCCUCAAGAUAUCGGCAUCUUCGACUUGGACCAUGGAAAUUUCCAGAGAGUAUUGUUAGAAGUGAAGUUCUUUUGUCCUCCUGUUUGGUUGUUACCCUAA